AUGGAAUCGGAAGAGUGGAUUGAAGCUUUCGUUCGAGUUUUCAUGUGCCUUUUCGGUAUCAUAGGAAACUGCUGGCUGGGUUUUCGUUCUCUGCCCGGGCCCCAAAACCCCCUGCGCACCAACGAGCUCCUCUUUUUAAACCUGGCCGCCUCCAACCUCUUGACCAACUGCCUGGUGGACCUCCCUGACACCAUGUCAGACUUCGCAGGUGAAUGGUUCAUGGGCAAAGCUUACUGCUCCAUCUUCCUCUUCUUUGCCGACUUGUCUGAGACCAGUAGCAUAUUCUCCACCUUGUUCAUCAGUGUGUUCUGGAACCAGAAGCUGGUGGGGUCUCUAAAACGCGGCGGGGCGCCCGUGCGUCUAGAUAACCUGCGGUUGGUGACCUCUCUGUUGGCCGGAAGCUGGAUAGUUUCUGUUGCCUUCAGUGUCCCACAUUUCUUUUUUGCGGAUUUGGAGGGGGACAACGCGAGCCAAGAGUGUGUAGAGUACUACCCCUCAGAAACAGCCAUGGUGACUUACGAGACACUGUACUUAACAUUGGCUAACGCAGUCCCCAUAGCUGGUACAGUGUUCGCGAGCCUCCAGAUAGUUGUCACUCUUCUCCAGCACAGGACUCGUGUCCAGGGCCUGUCCGCCGAAUCCCACAACAACACAGGUAACGCUCCACCCAACAAAGAGACAACAAGAAGCACAAACAAUGAUCAGAGAAGCAGCGGUACUUCUAAAAACCAGGAGGGUCCAGUCAGUGACCUUGUCCGGACGCACGUAGCGGAACGUAACCCGGGCUCCAGCUCUCAGGUGAGGGCAGCCAAGAGCGUGGUGGCCGUGGUCACGGUGUUCCUGGUGUGCUGGCUAACUCAUCUCAUACUACGCAUCACCAGCAGCGUCAACAGCUCCAGUCUGGUAAUGGAGAUCGCCAGCUAUAUUGCAGCCUCCUACACCAGCAUCAUCCCCUACAUCUUUCUGUACGGAGUGAAAAAACUGACUUGCUUCUGCAGACGCUAAGACAGAACUGGUGCUCUGUGCAGCCGUGCCGCAGUCGGAACUUCAUGAGGCCAUCAGAUGGGUCCAGUAGCUUAGUUAAUUUUGGGGUGGCACAUUUAUCGAAAGGCCUAGUUUCUGUACUGUGUUCAACUGCUGAAUGGGGGUAUUUUAAAAAGCGUAAAGUUUGUCAAUCAACGCGAGGGUGGUUUUGGCGUAGCCAGAGAGAGCAGUGGCAUCUCUUGCUACCAAGGCUGUGCCGACGAUUUAGCUGUAUUUUUUAACUUGGCAUUAGCCUGUCUUUAAUCAUCGUUAUUUGUGAUUAAAAUAUUGUUAAUGGUUUCAA